AAUUAAGUCAUAUAUGAAGUUAGCAGACUUUUUGACGAAAUAUGUAAAUGUUUUUCUUAAAUGUCUAAAGAAGGAUUUAUUCCUAACAGUGUAAAAGACAUGUCCACAACUCAACAAAAUCUGAGGAUGAACUUUUGACAGCUGAUACAAUGGAGUCAUUUGUUCAAAUUAGAUAGUCUCAGUAAAUGUAAUUCACCCUCAAUGGAACUUUCGGAGAAUGCAUUUAUCGAUGAACUGACCGAAGAGAAUUUUCAUGAUACGUUGGAGUUAGAUAAGCUUGCUCUUCAAGAUUAUCUCUCUUCCCAAUUCAAAAUUGAGAAAACUGCUUUUGCUCUAGCCGCCGGUCAUUCGUCUAUAGAUAUGCACAAUUAUCAAAUGUUAUUGCCCACAUCAGUUAAAAGAGUUUCGAUUCCUUCAGUACAGGUAAAUAGCGAAAAGAUUGGAAAAUGCCCACUAAAAGUUUCGGGAAUGCAUCUACAUCUAUUUCAAAAAUGCAAUCAUCCAGAAUUUUACAAGCCAGUAGAAUUUAAAAGGGGUCUGCCAUCCUUACAGCAACAGGUUCAAAAUGGAUGACAAAGGCGCCAAAAAAGGCAUUUCCAAACUGGAUACACGUGAUUGAUACAAGUAUCAUGAAAUUACCGGAGGAUUUUGAAGAUUUAAAUCUACCUCGAGAAAAAGAAUUCGAGAAAAUUAUCAAAAGCGCCCAUCCAAAAGCGAGCAACAAGGAUGAUAAAUCGGAAAUAAAAGUCAGGUGUUUUGAAACGGAACACUCCGUAAACGGUGAUGUAGGGUCCCAAACCAAUUUAAAUAUCUAUCACAUCAAUGAGCAUGACCUAACAGCCAGCAAUAAUACUGAAGAGUCUGCUUAUAGCAUCACAUUGAAGCUUCUUAAAGCACAUCGGACAUUUGCUGGUUACAGAUCGGCUUGCCAGAAUUUCGGCAGUAUUGAACGUCAAACUGCUGAACUAUUCAGAUAUCUCAGCAAAUGGCAGAAGCCGCGAGAUAGCAUCAGAAAAGAAGGCACUGGAAGUCCCGUCGGUUCUAAAAUGAACGUGAGCCGGACCAAUGACAGCGUAAUGCUUGAAAAAGAAAUAGGAAAUACAGAUUUGUUUGCUGAAACUAGUGCUAGUCUCGAUGGAAAUUCUGCAGAGGAAGGUGCUCAUAGAAAGACGGUUACUAAAACGGAAAACACGGAAGUACUUGACUAUGGCAUUGGUUGUUUCAAGAAAAAUGAAAAUGGCGUUAAUAUCAAUGAUUAUAUGAUGACACAUGAUGACAGUAAAUAUCCUAAAACGAUUGGCUACUGUGGCAGUAAUGGCGGUUUUACUGUUCGUGAAAAUACCUUGGCCCAAGACAUGUACAGUUUGUUAAAUCCGUUUUGAGGUGUAUUCCACACAUGUGGUGACGCCAAAAUAGAGGAGAAAAAGUCCGGAGACAAGAAAGCAGGUGAAAAGAUACAGACAACAAAUUCAGUAGAAGCUGAAAUAAUUUCUGAUGUUGUCAUGUAUGACACUUGUCAAUAUGAGCGAAGAAAGAUGGAUGAAACUCAAACCAGUCGGUACGCAGAAAGAUGUACAGACUUGAAGGUGUUUUUGAACUUAGUUUGUUUUUCCAACUUUGCAGCAGAAUGGAUGAAAAGGAUGCCGAUGACGUGUUUAACAUUGGUUCGUUCUUCCAGCUUUGCAGAAGAAUGGACGAAAUGGAUACCGAUGACGUGUUUAACAUUGGUCUAUUUUUCCAGCUUUGUAGUAGAAUGAAGGAAAAGGAAGUUGAUAAAGUUUUUGACAUUGGUUCAUUUUUCAAGCUUUGUAGCAGGCACGACGAGGGAAUUGGGAACAAUGAUGUAGAUUACGUGUUUGAUCUUCGUUCAUUUUUCCAGCUUUGUGGCAGAUUUGAUGAGAGAAUGGAUAAAAAUGACGAAGAUAUCGUCUUUGACUUUGGCUUGUUUUUCCAGGUUUAUAGUCACGUCGAUAGAAUGAAUGAAAGUAAUUUCACUGGCAUGUUUGAUAUAAAUAUAAAAAAAGCAUCGAAGAUGUCAGGGCAAUAGGAGAAAUUCAAAAUACCGGAAAUGCGACUGAUCCCGAGGACAAUGAGGACAUUCCAGUAGUUAGUCGUGAGCUAAUCAAUGCGUUGAUGGCAAACUCUAGCACGAAUACUGAGGACGACGAAAUUACCGCUGAAGGACAGAACGUUACCAUAACGGCAAACACACUUAUAGCUGAAACCCAGGACUUUGGUGAAGAUUCCGUUUUUGGAAUUCUUGGAGUGUUUUGCAGAGGUGGUUUACAUUCCUGGGACAGAGGUAUCAUAGGAAACGACGUUUGAUUUAUGGAUUAGUAUCAGCAACAGAACAGAUUUUGGCAAUUAUUUGCAGUGAUAAAAUUGUAUCAAUAGAAUGAUUUUAACCAUC